CAGCUUCUUUUCUUCUCUUCUAACAACAACAACAACAACAACAACAACAACAACAACAACAACAAUGAGACACCCGCCAACUAACUUUAUGAUCUUAUUAUUCCUCUUCACUUGCCUAAAUAUUAGAAUAAACCUUUGUUUUCCCAACAUCCUUUCAUUGAAAACACUUGAGCUUGAUGGCCAUUUCGACUUUGAUCAAGUCCAUCACGCAGCAAGGGAUUUCGGCAACAUAUUUCAGUUACUGCCUUUAGCAGUAUUACACCCGAAAUCCGUCUCUGACAUAGCCAUUACUGUGAAGUAUAUUUGGGAGAUGGGCACAAGCUCGGAGCUCACGGUCGCCGCCAGAGGCCACGGCCACUCCCUCCAGGGCCAGGCACAAGCCCACAGAGGAGUGGUCAUCAGCAUGGAAUCUCUCAAGUACCCGGAAAUGCGUAUUUACCCGGGGAAGUCCCCUUAUGUUGACGUCUCUGGUGGAGAGCUGUGGAUAAACAUCCUGCAUGAGACGUUGAAACAUGGGUUGGCGCCAAAAUCAUGGACUGACUACCUGCACCUGACCGUCGGCGGCACGCUGUCCAACGCCGGGGUCAGCGGCCAGGCGUUCCAGCAUGGCCCUCAGAUCAGCAAUGUCCAUCAGCUGGAGGUUGUUACAGGUAAAGGAGACGUGGUAAAUUGUUCCAAGGAAGAGAAUGAAGACUUAUUUCACAGUGUUCUUGGAGGACUUGGUCAAUUUGGUAUCAUAACGCGGGCAAGAAUAUCAUUGGAAUCAGCACCUGCAAUUGUGAAGUGGAUUAGAGUGUUAUACUCGGAUUUCGCAAUGUUCACCCGAGACCAGGAAUGGCUCAUAUCCGCGGAAAACACGUUCGAUUACAUUGAAGGGUUUGUGAUCAUAAACAGGACAGGCCUCCUUAACAACUGGAGAUCAUCGUUCAACCCUCAAGACCCAGCUCAGGCCGGCCAGUUCAAGUCAGAUGGAAGAACACUUUUCUGCCUAGAAUUGGCCAAGUACUUCAAUCCUGACGAGACCGAAAUGGCAAAUCAGGAAGUGGAGAUAUUGUUGGGUCAACUAAAUUAUAUCUCUUCAACACUCUUCCAAUCAGAAGUCACAUAUGUGGAAUUCUUAGACAGAGUUCAUAUUUCCGAGGUCAAACUGCGGUCGAAAGGCUUGUGGGAAGUUCCACAUCCUUGGCUGAAUCUUCUGAUUCCCAAAAGCAAAAUCCACACUUUUGCUAAACAAGUCUUCGGCAAUAUCCUUACUCAGACCAGCAACGGACCUGUUCUAAUCUACCCAGUCAACAAAUCAAAGUGGGACAACAGAACCUCUGUGGUUAUACCAGAGGAAGAAGAAGUGUUCUACUUAGUGGCAUUUCUUAGCUCAGCAAUUCCUUCUUCCACAGGAAAUGAUGGCUUAGACCACAUUUUAACUCAAAACAAGAGGAUUCUGGAGUUUUGUGAGACUGCCCAUCUUGGGGUGAAGCAGUAUCUGCCUCACUACACCACCCAAGAAGAAUGGAGGGCCCACUUUGGGACCCGCUGGGAGGUUUUUGCACAGAGGAAAUCUGUUUAUGACCCUUUGGCAAUAUUAUCUCCUGGCCAAAGAAUAUUUAAAAAAGCCAACAGUAUUAUACACUUGUCUUCCUCAUAACCAACCCCACAAUGCUUUACUUUUGUGGGCUUAAGUGGUUUAGCCGCAAAAACACUGUAAAAUGAAUAAUGGUUAUUAUUGUUCACGUGGCUUUCUUUUGUGUCACGAGGAGGCUGCAUAGUGGCUUUGUUGAAGAUUUUGUAAAGGGGGGCUUAGAUUUUAGAAGUAUCCAUUAUACAGUUGGGAAAGAGUCUGUAUGACUAUAUAAUGCAUAUGUAGUAUACAAAUUUUGUAAACAUAUGAAUCUAAUACUUUCAAAGAGAUAUAUAGUAUACAGCAGCAAGAGACGAUCGCUCUACGGCUCUCUCUUCCGUCUGUCAGUAGUUCAA